UAUAAAUUACAUAAGACGCUAACAAAUUGAAAUUGAUUAAUCUAAAUAGUCCGUAAAAAUAUGUAUUAAGUUUUUGCAUAGAUGUAGUCAAUAAAGAAUAUACCAAAGGUAUGAAAAUAAUAAUAAAAGUCAGUGCUAAAUUCAGAAUAUCUUAAGUAAUUUUGCAGAUAAUUUCUAAUUAAAAGACAGGUUAAAAUAUUUUUCCGUAACAUAACGGUGACCUUAUUUGAUAGGAAUAUCAUCAGGAAAUAUAAACCUGUCUUUAUAAGAGCAUAGGUGGGGUUGGAGAUGUCGAAAAUUGGCACUCGUCUCGCAUAACGAUCUAAGUGACGUUUGACGAAUUUCGCGCGAACAGUAGUAGUAAAGAAAACUUGUAAAGUUUUAUUUAUUUUUAGUGAUAUAGUCAUAAAGAUAAAUUUUAUUGCCUGUUUAAUAAAUCCAGUGUUCAGUUUGUGAUGUUAGAAUGACGGACGUUGACAAAAGCCUUAUCUCACCGUUUAUAAAACAAUGUUACGUGUGCGCGACUGUUUGUAUGAAUGUUCUAAGUAAUGGUUGCGCUUACGGCUUCCCUGCGGUGCUGCUGCCGCAACUCAAGCUUCCAGACUCUCCCAUUCCACUCACCAAGGCCCAGGAGUCAUGGAUAGCGUCAGUGGUAACAAUAGCGAUGUUGGUGGGCAAUUUCAGCAUGCCGGCUGUAAUGGACCGAUUGGGACGUAAAAAAGCACACUUUAUAGUCAUGAUACCCACGGCCAUUGGGUGGCUACUCAUCGUAUUUGCUACCAGUGUUGAGAGUUUAAUUCUAGCCCGUAUCAUGCACGGUCUGUCUCUCGGCCAAGUUGCUUUAAUUCGCGCCGUUAUCAUCGGAGAAUACACAAGCCCCAGAAACCGAGGAGCCUUCCUCACAUUGAUAUCCGUCGCCCAAUCGUCCGGAGUGUUCUUCGUCCACCUGCUGGGCUCCCUGGUCAGCUGGCAGAUCACUGCCGGCAUCUGCGUCCUCUUCACGAUACUCAGCUUUGUGAUGACCUUCACCCUCCCAGAAUCGCCCAGCUGGCUCGCAAACAACGGGAGAUACGCCGAAUGCAAGAAGCAUUUCCGGUGGCUCAGAGGCGAUGGCGAAAACGAGGAGCUAAACGAAUUAAUCCAAGCCAGAAUAAAGCACAACACCGAAACAGCCGUUAAUAUCGUCCAGCUCAUUCGAAGUAUGGAGUUUUACAAGCCAAUCAUUAUCAGUCUUCACGUGUCGUUGAUAACAUACUUCAGUGGAACCAUGACCAUCGCGGUGUAUGGAACGACCAUCAUCUCAAACAUCAUGGGAUCGGAUGUCGACGCUCACUUCUGGCUGGUGUGUUUGGACGUGACCCGAAUCGUGACCAGUUUCCUCGCCGUGUACCUCAUCAGAACAUUGAAAAGACGGACCGUGUUAUUCAAUUCCGUCGGCUCGUGUCUCUUGAUACACGUUUUGAUCAUCUCCUACGUGUGUGUGAGAAAUUACGUAUCCUUCGACUACGUGGCGAUUCCGGCCUUGUUAUUGGUUUUGCAAUGCGUGGCUAUGUCAUCGGGGAUACUGCCGAUGAACAACGUUAUAGUUGGCGAAAUAUUUCCUUUAGCGCAUCGCAGCGUAGGAAUAAGCUUCACCACGGCAAUCGCGACCGGCUUCCAUUUUGCCGUUCUGAAGACAUUCCCAUACCUCCUGUCGGGGGUGGGGAUCGAGGGCGUGUACGGGAUCUACGCGAGUGUCAUUUGUUACGGGUUCUCUGUGAUUUGGUUCGCGAUGCCGGAGACCAAGGGACAGACUUUACAGCAAAUCGAGGAUCGGUUCAAGGGAAUUCAAAGAUUCGUCGCCGAGAUGGAGAGUUUGAACAACAACGAAAAGUGCUAAUACUCGAUAGUAUAGGUUUAACCGGCGACAAAAUAGAACAGAAACA